UUCAGACGUCCAGGGGCAGCUGAGCGGUAUCAUUGGAGAGCUUGCUGCAGAAGGAGCAGGUAGUGCUCCCAGACAGCUGGAAAUGACAAGGUUCUCCUAAGGCCUCCCAUUCCACCACCUGGCCAUGAAGAGCCGCCCCUCGGUGUCCAUUGUCCACACUCCCAGGAUGUUCGGUAUACUGCUCCUCGCUGUUUCCCUGAAUGCUCAGAAUGAAAGCUGGGACAGUCCUAUCUGCACCGAGGGCAUAUUGUCUGUGCCUAGAGGUAGUCGUACAGUGAUGACCUGCAACAUCUCUAACACCUUCACUGAUGUCUCCAUCUGGCUGAUUGCCAAUGGAAAGGAGACGGCCAUCUUCAAAAAGGAGCCCCAAGGAAACUUCCACUGGAGUGGGUGGGACCUCCAAGUCCAAGGGGGCCAGGCACAGCUUGUGAUCAAAGACACCCAGGACAGCCACACAGGGCUGUACUUGUGGCAGCUGCAUGGAUGCCAGAAAGUUUUCAGAAACAUCACCCUGAAUGUUUCAGAGCCUUUAAACAAGGAUGAGGCCACAGACACGAGGCUAUCCACAUCCCCCCCAGAUCCGGUCAAGAGCCCUCAGCAAGAGGCCAGGCCCAAGACCCUUGUGGGAGUCGUGGUCACUGUCGUCCUGAUCUUGGGACUCGCAGGAAUCAGCGCAGUAAUCUGCUACAGGCACCACCAUUCCUAGAAGCCCCAGUAGAUGUGUUCGUCAGUGCCUGACUUGAGAUAAAAAAGCUCUAAGUCUGUGGGCCAGUGGAACCUAAAGGAACUGCCUGCUUAGCUGAUUCCAGAGAGAGGCCACCAGCACGGGCUUGUCAUAUUCUAGCCCUUGGCGGCCUCUAUGACCCUCUGGAACCCAAACACUAUGGAACCGUUAUCACAUGCUUGGGAGAGCAAAAGACUGUUCAUGUUUGCUGGGCACAAAGGACCUCUCCCCAAGGAUGAUGCAACCCUUGGCUCUGUGCAGAGAAGGAGACAAUGACUCUCUGGGGAAGAGUCUUGGAAGCUAGAAAACAGUUUGGGCGUCUCUCCGUCACAUGAACAAGAGUACAGCCUCUGGACUGUGGUCUUCAGUCAUCUGAUCAGCUCCUUAACUCUUUCCAAAAUUGAGGACUUUCCAGUCUGUGCAGCCCUUGACCCUCAGUGUCCCCAUUCUCUGCCUCUUACAAAGGCCUGGGCUCCUUUUCUUCUGCUGAGACACUGAGGUCAGAGUCUCUCCACUACCCAAAGAUCUCCAGUGCAAGUCUAGGGCUGCACCAAGAUUUGCUUCAAGUAGGACUUGGGCACACACCUGCUUUCUGACUCACAAUAGUAACAAGUUUGGGAAACCCAGGUGUUAAGUUCCAGGGGCCAAAAUAGGAAGAUUGGAAGUCUGAGAUGAACCAUCAUCCCACUCUGACACUGGAAGGUAGAGCACCCUCAGGACAGGGGUCUAUGGAAGGGUGUAAGUGUUUGCUGACAGGUAUUGCUCUCCAAGGGAAGAUGGCCAGCUCUGGGACUCCCCAGGGACCCCUCUUCAGCAGACCCCCAGCCCCGACUCCCUGAUUCAUAUCCAUGACCGACUGUUCUUUCCUGACCUUUUGUCUUGGUUACA